AAUACCCACGCCUACAAAAUGGCUUCCACUUGGGAACUCAUAAAACAAGGUGCAGAGGCAAAAGUCUACAGAGGAAAAUUUUAUGGAGCUCCUACAAUUCUCAAGGAAAGGUUCCAAAAGAAGUACAGAGUCCCCAGUCUGGACAAAAAGCUUUCCAGCCGUCGUACCAGCCAAGAGGCCCGCUCAAUGUCAAGGUGCCUGAAACUUGGUGUCCGUGCCCCUGCAGUCUACCACGUGGACCUGGAAAAGAGACACAUUUAUAUGGAAGAUGUAACUUCAGGCCUGAUUUUGAAAGAGUACUUAAAUUGUUUGGAUCCGGUCUCUCACUCGGACUCUUUAGAAAACGUAAUGAAAACUGUGGGUGGUGUCAUUGCAAUGAUACACGACGGGGACCUCAUUCACGGAGACUUGACAACAUCUAACAUGAUUUACAAUGAAGCCGAAUCAAAUCUGGCGCUGAUUGAUUUCGGGUUGAGUUUUGUGUCGAGCCUUGCAGAGGACAAAGGUGUUGAUCUGUAUGUACUUGAGCGAGCAUUGCUUAGUACUCAUCCAGACACGGAGAGACUCUUUAAAAUAUUACUAGACAGUUACAGAGCUGCUUCUAAGAAUGGCGACUCUGUCAUAGCUAAACUAGACGAGGUGAGAAUGAGAGGGAGGAAGAGAUUAAUGGUUGGAUGACAUUUUUUUGUUUUAGUAAUUAAUUUUUUUGUUGUAAUAAUAAUUAUUAGCGAUCAAAUUAUGAAACGUUAAAUUAUUUUAUAUAGUAGGCAGUUUUUUCAGGCUACUAGUGUUGCUUAAAUUGAUUUCGGCUUUCACCAGCACAACAUUUUUCCAUCCACCUUGUGGGAG